AUGGGCGGGUUACAGGUGUGGGACUGCAAGGGCGAGGGCUGUUCCAUCAACCUUGCGGCAGGCUCGAUGCUCGCCGAGGUGAUACAGGGCAAGGCGCUGAAUGACGUUGACGCGCUGGUUGGGCUGUAUCGCAGGAUGAUGCGGGGUGACGCUGAGGCGGAGGCAGCGCUUCGUAGUGAAGGCGACCUAUCGAAUCUCGCCGGUGUGCGAGACUAUCCUGUGAGAAUCAAGUGCGCGCUGUUGCCGCUGUCUGCUCUGACGCAGGGUAUCGAGUGCUACAAGGGUAAGACUGGCUGA